GUAUUUUUUGAUUGCAGUACUUUUUUUUCAUGAAAAUUUUCUUUUGGAAGAGUUAGCGAGUUUUUGUCCACUUUUUUCAGUGUCUCUCUUCCAGGUUUGAAAUGACCGAAGCUUCUGUUUCUUCGGUUUGGACCAGAGAAGAGGACAUGAAGCUCGUCAAAGCGCUGCUGGUCAAAUGCGGAGAAGACUCGCGGAAACCGGACAAAGUUGCCAAGGAUCUGAACUGGGAAACUGCAAAGAUGUCCAAAAUUGCCGGUCAGAGAUUCCGUAGUUUAUCGCCCGCUCAACGAUCAGUGUUUGAAAAUAAGGCGAAGGAAGCCAAAGCAGCUUUUGACGAGAGCGUCGUGAAAUUUUAUCGGGAGCAUCCGGAAUUGCGUGCUGACCAGUGCUUACCCAAGAAACCGUCUACUCCAUUCAUGCUUUUUUGCGAGGCGAAAGGAGUGCAAAACAAAGGUACAGCAUCUGAGAAGACUGCCAAAUUUGCGGCGCUUUCAGACAAGAAGAAGGCGAGGUAUGUGCAAAAGGCGAUUGUUCUGGAGCACCUGUAUGCGGAUGAACUCGCGGUUCACGCUGCGAUUCAUGGGAAAAACAAUUUUCCGUCAGUGAAGUCUUCAGUGACCCAAGCGGAACUCAAACUUCGUGAUCAUGUGAAAGGCGUGCAGAGGAAACCACCGUCGUCGGGUUACGCUUUGUUCUUCCGGAAGAUGAAGGAGGAUGAUCAGAUGGCGCGAAUUCCAUCCAAAGAAAGAAUGGCGAAAAUUGCUGCGGCGUGGAAAGAGUCAGUGUCCGAGGAGGAGCGAAAUGAUUACAGGCGGAAAGCUGAGGCCUUGAAACAGGAAUAUGAUGGUAACAUGAUGGACCGAUUCAGCCCAAUGCGAAACAAGAACCGGAAGAUGAAGGAGGAUGAUCAGAUGGCGCGAAUUCCAUCCAAAGAAAGAAUGGCGAAAAUUGCUGCGGCGUGGAAAGAGUCAGUGUCCGAGGAGGAGCGAAAUGAUUACAGGCGGAAGGCUGAGGCCUUGAAACAGGAAUAUGAUGGAGCUGGUUGUAACGGUGAAAGAACAUUGAAACCACCUUGUCUCGAUUAUGAGAGCAUAACCAAAAAAGGAAUCUUCGUCUUCACGACGGAAUAUCAUCAGGAUUAUCUAUCUUCUUAUCCGGAUUUAUUGGAGGACGAACUGAGAUCCAUUAUCGUUAAUGAUUACAACCAGCUGGAAGAUGAGAAGAGGGCUGAAUAUGAAAAUAAAGCGACUGUUCAGACGCUUUGGAAGAAACACAGAGCACGAGAUAAGGUCAUGUUGUUCAAAAAUGAACCUACUCUUCCGCCUCGAACGAUCUCGGAAUUAUUCAUGCGAAAGUCUCUGGCAUCCAGAGACCAUUUUGAGCCGCAGCCGCGAAAGCGGAUGAAACUUGCUCAUGAAUCCCUGAAACGAUUGUCUGCCGACGAAAAGGUGAUUCUUGAGCAGGAGUUGGCAGAUGCGAAAUCUAAAUAUGUUCAAGAUUACACGAGCUUCAUAAAUAGUCUUUCGCCUGACGAAUUGAUGGAGUAUUCGUCCAAGAAGAAAAAGGAGACUGGCGUGAACUCGAGAAUCAAUGCCAUGCGGGAUGAUGAUCUGGAGUUGGAGCUUGAAGAAAUCGAUUUUUGAUGCUUUGUGGAUUUUAAAAAAUAAAUGUUUUAAUGAUGGGUGUAAGACAAUGAAGCACAAUUAAAUCUUUCUUCUAAUUAUUGCCAUACA